AUGGUGGGGCGCGAGGGUCAGGGGAGCAGGCGGUCGGAGCUGCCGGAGAGGGAGAGGCGGCAGCGGGAGGAGGAGCAGGAGAGCGCGCGGCGGGAGGAGCAAGAGAGGGAGAGCAGGGAGGCGGCGGCCGCCAUGGCGGCGAAGGAGAAGGAGGGGGAGAGCGGCCAGUUCGGGCAGCAAUUCGCCAGGGUGUUCUUUCCGCACCUAUACGGGGGGAGAUUGAGAAUUCCAGCAUCGUUCAACCAGUACCUUCAGAAUCAGCCUACUGGAGUGGUUUACCUAAAAGGUCAAAGUGGGAACACAUGGCUUGCAGAACUGGUUUCAGACAACGAAGGGUUGUUCUUUGUGAAGGGAUGGAAGGAAUUUGUAAGAGAUCAUUCGAUUGAGACUGGUCACUUUUUAACCUUCCGUUAUGAUGGGCGCUCACGGUUCUCAGUUGUUAUAUUUGAUAAAAUGUGCGUUGAGAAGCCUUCUGCUUUCUAUGCUAAGCCUUGCAAGGAUCAGGCUGUUAAACAAAAAAUUAGUGAAGGGGACAUUGACAUGAAUGUAGCUGAUCCAUCAGAAGUAAUGGCCUCCCCCCUGGGGGUGAGUGAUGAAACCACAAGGAAAAGGGUUACAGUGGAUGCAAAUGGCUCUACAUCGAAGAAGUGCUCUUGUGUGUUUGAAAACUGUAGGCCUGAAACUUCUGUCAUUCCUUGUAAGGCGACACUUGGUUGUGUGCAUCAACCGAUGCAGAGGCUGGAGUUAUCCUCCUUCUCAAAAAUAACUUGUAAGGUGACAUUACCUAGUGUUAACAUGGAUAUGAAUUCGGCUGACCGACCAGAAACAGUUGUUGUCCCCUUAGAGGAGAGUAACAGGACCACAAGGAAGAGGAUUAGAGAAAUGGACGCAAACCGUUCUGUAUUUCAGAAGUUAUGUAUUGCCUCAGACAAGGGUAAGAAAAAGUGUCCUGGAGCUUCAGUUGGUACUCACAAGUCGGGAUCAACAGGUCUUAACAGCAAUGAAGAUUCUGAUUCGUCAAGGAGCAUGUUAGAAAAAAGUAUCUCUUGCAUCAAGUCUGAAUCGUCAUCAGCCAUGCGACUCAAAAUGAAUAAGGAUGUGGCUAGACGUGGUAAAAAUAGAGUGACAGGUGGAAAACAACUAAAAGUAAUAUCGCAAAGGCCAGCGGUAACUGAAGAACAGAAGAAUCAGGCUCUGCAAAGGGCAAAGCAAUUUAAAUCCAAAAGUCCUUUCGGUCUCCAUAUAAUGAAGGAGUCUUAUGUAUACGUGGGUUUUUUCAUGAAAAUAUCAUGUGAAUUCGUAAGGGAGUAUUUUCCACAUGCCAGCAGGAAUUUUAAACUGUGGGAUCCACAAGGAAAGUCUUGGGACGUAAAGUAUGUCUACUACAGUGAGCGUUCUUGCGGUGCUUUCAGCGCUGGAUGGGGCAAGUUUGCUGUAGGCAAUAAUCUGGAGAAGUUCGACAUCUGCAUCUUUGAGCUAUUCGGAGAGGAUAACAUAAAAGUACAUAUCUACAGAGUUGUCCCAGAAAUAACUCCGUUCCUCCCCGGUCCUGGCAGGAAAUAACAGUCAUGUGCACAUGUUGAGGGAGUGCUCUCUUCCAUUAUCUUGAACAUAUCAGGGUAUGUCUGAAGUUCCACUGAUCAGGGAUUGUAGUAGGAAAGAAGAUGACAGUAUUCAGAUAUUGGUGACAUUUUGUUAAAAAAAGUGACUGGCUAAUAAAAAUGGCCCCUGUCCAAGAUUUUUUUUUGUAGCAUUGCUGCAAUCGUAAUGCAACAUU